AUGGGAGCUGGAAGAGGAGGUGAUUAUAAGGCUGCGCCAACUUCUGAAAAACGCAAAAAGAAGGGAAAGAAGGAUUUAGAUGAACUGAAGAAAGAACUUGAUUUGGAUGAUCACAAAUUGACUUUGGAUGAACUGGUUAAGAGAUAUGGAACAAGUCUUGAAAAGGGGUUGUCCACUGCUCGUGCUAAGGAGAUCCUUGCACGUGAUGGGCCCAAUGCUCUAACUCCUCCUCCGCAAACCCCAGAAUGGUUGAAGUUCUGCAAGCAACUUUUUGGUGGAUUCUCCUUGUUGCUGUGGAUUGGAGCUUUUCUCUGUUUCCUGGCAUACAGCAUCCAGGCAGCCUCUGAGGAUGAACCAGCGAAUGAUAAUCUAUAUCUUGGAAUUGUGCUUUCAGCUGUGGUGAUCAUAACAGGGUGUUUCUCCUACUUCCAAGAAGCCAAGAGCUCAAAGAUUAUGGAGUCCUUCAAGAAAAUGGUCCCUCAGCAAGCCUUGGUGAUUCGUAAUGGAGAGAAAAUGAGCAUUGAUGCUGUAGAUGUGGUGCUUGGAGACCUAGUGGAGGUUAAGGGAGGUGACAGAAUACCUGCAGAUCUUCGAGUCAUCUCCUCUACAAACUGUAAGGUGGAUAACUCCUCUCUGACUGGAGAAUCAGAGCCCCAGACCCGAUCGCCAGAAUUAACCCAUGAAAACCCACUAGAGACUAGGAAUAUUGCCUUCUUCUCCACUAACUGUCUUGAAGGAACUGCCAGAGGAAUUGUCAUCAACACAGGUGACAACACUGUCAUGGGUCGUAUUGCCACCCUUGCUUCUAGCCUUGAGGGAGGAAAAACACCAAUUGCCAUUGAGAUUGAGCAUUUCAUCCAUAUCAUCACUGGUGUGGCUGUGUUCCUGGGCGUGACAUUCUUCAUCCUGUCUCUUAUCCUCGGAUAUGGUUGGCUGGAAGCUGUCAUCUUCCUCAUUGGAAUCAUUGUGGCCAAUGUGCCUGAAGGUCUCCUGGCCACUGUCACCGUAUGUUUGACCUUGACUGCCAAGCGUAUGGCCAAGAAGAACUGCCUGGUUAAGAAUCUUGAAGCUGUGGAGACUCUUGGUUCCACAUCCACCAUCUGCUCUGACAAGACUGGUACCCUGACACAGAACCGUAUGACAGUGGCCCACAUGUGGUUUGAUAACCAUAUCCAUGAGGCUGACACAACAGAGGACCAGAGUGGAACCUCUUUUGAUCGUAGCUCUCCCACUUGGCCUGCCCUGGCUCGUAUUGCUGGUCUGUGCAACCGAGCUGUCUUCUUGUCUGACCAGCAGAAAGUGCCUGUUCUACAGAGAAAAGUUGCUGGUGAUGCCUCAGAGUCUGCCUUGCUGAAGUGUAUUGAGCUCUGCUGUGGCUCUGUAGAGGAAAUGAGAGGAAACUACAAAAAGGUUGCUGAGAUCCCUUUCAACUCCACCAACAAAUACCAGCUGUCAAUCCACAAGAAUGCCACCGCCUCAGAGACCAAGCACUUGCUGGUAAUGAAAGGAGCCCCUGAGAGAAUCCUUGAUCGGUGCUCCACCAUUUUGAUUCAGGGAAAAGAGGAACCCUUGGAUGACGAGAUGAAAGAUUCCUUCCAAAGAGCCUAUGAGGAACUUGGUGGUUUAGGAGAGAGAGUCCUUGGAUUCUGCCAUUUUCACCUGCCGGAUGAUCAGUUUCCUGAGGGGUUUGCAUUUGAUACUGAUGAAGUGAACUUCCCUGUUGAGAAUCUCUGCUUUGUUGGCCUCAUGGCUAUGAUUGAUCCUCCUCGUGCCGCUGUACCAGAUGCUGUGGCCAAGUGCAGGAGUGCUGGAAUCAAGGUUAUCAUGGUUACUGGUGAUCAUCCCAUCACAGCCAAGGCCAUUGCUAGGGGUGUGGGCAUCAUCUCUGAGGGAAAUGAGACUGUGGAAGACAUUGCUGCUCGCCUCAAAAUACCUGUUAGUGAUGUAAAUUCUAGAGAUGCCAAAGCAAAGGUUAUACAUGGUGGUGAGUUGAAGGACAUGUCCUCAGAAGAAUUAGAUGAUAUCUUGAAACACCACACAGAGAUUGUGUUUGCCAGAACCUCUCCUCAGCAGAAGCUGAUUAUCGUGGAAGGGUGCCAAAGACAGGGUGCAAUUGUGGCUGUGACAGGUGAUGGAGUCAAUGAUUCUCCAGCUCUGAAGAGGGCUGACAUCGGCGUAGCUAUGGGUAUUGCUGGGUCUGAUGUUUCUAAGCAGGCUGCUGAUAUGAUCCUUCUGGAUGAUAACUUUGCCUCCAUUGUAACUGGAGUUGAGGAAGGUCGCCUGAUAUUUGACAACUUGAAGAAGUCUAUCGCUUACACUUUGACCAGUAACAUUCCAGAGAUUUCCCCUUUCCUUCUCUUCAUCCUUUUCAACAUUCCCCUGCCUUUGGGCACUGUCACUAUCCUGUGUAUUGACCUGGGUACUGACAUGGUUCCUGCUAUCUCCUUGGCUUAUGAACGUGCUGAGAGUGACAUCAUGAAGAGACACCCAAGAAAUGCCAAAACAGACAAGCUUGUAAAUGAGAGACUCAUUAGCAUGUCCUACGGUCAGAUCGGUAUGAUGCAGGCCUCAGCAGGAUUCUUUACCUAUUUCGUGAUUCUGUCUGAGAAUGGGUUUCUACCAAUGCACCUGCCUGGUCUACGUGUGAAAUGGGAUGACAAAUAUCUGAAUGACUUGGAAGACAGCUAUGGCCAGGAGUGGACCUAUGAGCGUAGGAAGAUUGUGGAAUUCACCUGCCACACAGCGUUCUUCACCAGUAUCGUGAUUGUACAGUGGGCUGACUUGAUCAUCUGUAAGACCAGGAGGAACUCUCUUUGGGAACAAGGCUUGUUCAGCAAUAUGAUCCUGAUCUUUGGACUGUUUGAGGAGACUGCCCUGGCAGCCUUCCUGUCCUACUGCCCUGGCAUGGAUGUAGCCCUUAGAAUGUAUCCAAUGAAGCCUUGGUGGUGGCUCUGUGCACUUCCUUACUCACUGCUCAUCUUCGUGUAUGAUGAAAUGAGAAGAUUCCUCCUGAGACGCUACCCAGGAGGUUGGGUGGAAAAGGAGACAUAUUAUUAGGUGUCCU